AUGCACUGGUUGAAUGCAGGGGACAAGAACACUAAAUUCUUUCACAACAUGAUAAAAGCCAGAAGGAAUUCCAACAGAAUCUUUACUAUAAGAGAUGGUAGAGAGAACACAAGAACUAUUGCACCUGACAUAGCGGAGGCAUUUGUGGAGUAUUACAAGAACCUGCUAGGCAGAAAAUGCACAAGCAGAAUAAGAGUAUGUAGUGCAACUGUAAAAGAAGGUCCUAUGGUUACAGCUGAACAAAGGAGAAUGCUGACAGCAGAAUUUAGUAUUCAGGAAAUGAAGGAAGCAUUAUGGGAUAUUGCAGGGGACAAAGCACCAGGAUGCCCAGGUUCGGGGUGUGACACAGGACCCGAUAGAUAUGGAAGUCAGUUCUUCAAAGACUGUUGGGACACUAUCAAAGAAAACUUAACAGCAGGGGUGAUGGAGUUCUUCAGAGCAGGGAAACCACUGAAAGUUUGGAACACUACGGUUCUUACAUUGGUCCCAAAGUCAGACCAUGCAAAUACAGUAGGUGACUACAGGUCAAUUGCAUGCUGCAAUACUAUAUAUAAAAAAGUGUCCAAAAUGCUCUCUAACCGGUUGAAGCUAGUCUUACCAGAUAUUAUCUCACCCAACCAAAGUGCAUAUGUAGCUGGAAGAAACAUAGUACAAAACAUUCUCAUAUGCCAAGACUUGGUGAGGCUCUACAACAGGAAGCAAACAACUAGUAGUUGCCUGAUUAAAAUAGACUUGAAGAAGGCAUAUGAUACAGUGGAAUGGGAGUUUGUAGAGGAGAUGCUACAUGCCAUGGAGUUUCCUCAGAAAUACAUCAAAUAG